UGCCUCCGUUCUCCGUCCUCCGUACGUACUGUGCGAUGAGGCAAAUGGGGUACGGGUGAGCUGUCGUCUGCCAUAACAUAACCUUAACUGUUUCCCCGAGCGCGGUGGUAAACAAGUGGUAUUCCGUUCGGUCGAGCGAUUUCCUCAAGAUCGCUCACGAUGUCGGAGAACGCGAACGAAGCGACGCCGGCUGAGAAGGAGAGCGUCGUCGAGGAACCGGACGUCGUCUCGGAGGAGGACCGGCAGUUCUUGACUGAGUACGUGCGAGAAACGGAACAGAGGCUCGCGACGAAGGAGGAGAUUCGCGCGGCCAAUCUAAAUCCUACGAGACCUCCGGAUGCGUCAUUCAGUAAACUUGACUCGAGCCUCAAAAGAAACACCACGUUUGUCAAGAAACUCAAGAACUUCAGUAUGACCCAACUCGACACGGUUCUGAAGGACAUGGCGACGUUAAACCUUACCAAAUACGUGAGCGAGGUUGCCACUGCUCUGGUGGAUGCUAAAAUGAAGAUGACUGAUGUUGCACCUGCUAUCAGGGUGUGCAGCUUUCUCCAUCAGACGUAUGCUGAAUUUUCCACUCAUUUCUUUGAAAAUUGGCAGAGAAUACUGUCGUUCAAGAUCGGCGACAAGAUUGCGAAUCCCAGCAAGCUGAGAGUAGAUUUGCGAUUUUACGCCGAAUUAGUGAACGCUGGAAUAUUCACGCACAAGCAGGGGUUACCGUUGCUUGGUUCAGUGUUAACAGUAUUGAUCAAUAUGGAUAAGGAGGAGCACAACAACGCUAGUAUAAUAUUGAGUUUCUGCCGACAUUGUGGCGAAGAUUAUGCCGGUCUCGUACCUAAAAGAGUGCGAGAGCUAUCCGAAAAAUUAAACGUUUCAAUUCCAAAGAGCAAACUGUUAACACCAGAUAAGCAGCAGAACGUCAGGCUAUUGCUGCGUGACUAUUAUAAUUCUCUGUGUAAGCAUAUGCUGAAAGAGCACAAAGAGCUGCAGGCUUUUGAGAAGCAGAAUCGUAAAAUACUGCAGACCAGAGGAGAGUUAAAUUCAGAACGAAAGGAAAAGCUAGAAGCCCUGCAGGUCUCUUAUGAACGUUUAUUAACGAGCGUGCAGAGCUUUUCCGAUACGCUGGACGAACCGAUGCCCGAGCUUCCAGUGGACAAUGAAAUAAAAACGGAAACCGAGGAAACGCUGAAGAUGAUUAACGAGGGAGAAGAUAACACUAUGUUGGAGGAUAUGUGGGGCGACGAGGAGACGAGACGUUUCUACGAAGUAUUACCGGAUCUGACUGUCUUUUUACCUGGCUCAUACUUGAAGGACACUCCGAAAGAUACCCUGAAGGCGGACCCAGUAAUAACGGAGGACGCUCUCGAUGAAGAAAUUGUCUUGGACGAGUUGGAAGAGACCGAGAAAAUCGAGGAACCCCCCGAGGUGGAAGUGGAAGAGCCGCAGGUAUCCAACACGAGCAACAAGAUACUGCUGGACGCCUUCCUGACGCAUCUACCGAACUGCGUGAAUCGCGAGAUGAUCGACAACGCCGCUGUGAACUUCCUGAUGAAUCUCAACACAAAGCACAGCAAGAAAAAGUUGGUAAAAGCUCUUUUCGGCGUUUCUAGAAUCCGUCAGGAUCUGUUACCCUUUUACUCUCGUUUAGCAGCCAUUCUUUAUCCAGUAAUGCCAGAGAUUGGCAAUGACUUGUGCCAGAUGCUGAAGCAGGAUUUUAAGUAUCACGUGCGCAAGAAGGAUCAGAUCAACAUUGAGUCGAAGAUCAAAGUAGUUCGCUAUAUCGGCGAGCUCGUCAAGUUUAAACUCUAUUCAAAAAUAGAAGCGUUGUACUGCCUAAAGGUUUUACUACACGACUUUACGCACCAUCACAUCGAAAUGGCUUGUAACUUAUUGGAAAUAUGUGGUCGAUACCUUUUCUGUUCGCCAGAUUCUCAUCAAAGAACCAAGGUUUAUCUGGAGCAGAUGAUGCGCAAGAAAGCAGUUACCGCGCUGGAUUCGCGCUACGUUACGAUCAUUGAGAAUGCGUAUUACUUCGUAAAUCCACCCGAAUCGACCGGCGGCGUCACCAAAAAGGACAGACCACCUGUGCAUGAAUUUAUCAGGAAACUGCUAUAUCAAGACCUCUCCAAGACAAAUACUGAUAAGGUACUCAAGUGGAUGCGUAAACUUGACUGGGAGGACGAGAGCAUGUCGUCCUACGCCGUAAAAUGUCUCACUGCCGCCUACAACGUUAAGUAUCCCAAUAUUCGAUGCGUGGGAAGCCUAUUGGCUGGCUUGGUAGCCCAUUACGAAACCAUCGGACCACAGGUGGUCGAUGGUGUGCUCGAAGAUAUACGACUAUGCAUGGAAAUUAAUCUGCCGAAAUACAAUCAACGACGCAUCGCUAUGGUCAAGUACUUGGGCGAGCUGUACAACUACCGGAUGGUAGAAAGUGGCGACAUUUUCCGCACUCUGUACUUGCUUAUCACCUUCGGCGUCAGCGUGGACCACUCGUUGCCUAGUGUGCUCGAUCCACCCGACCAUCUCUUUCGCAUUCGUCUAGUAUGCACACUAUUGGAGACUUGCGGCCAGUACUUCAGCGGCGGAUCCAGCAAGAAAAAGCUUGACUAUUUUCUCGUCUUCUUCCAGAACUACUUCUGGUUCAAAUACACGGAUCCAAUCUGGACGACUGAGAAUCCGUUCCCCGUUGGGAUAGAUUACAUGUAUCGCGACACGUUAACGAUGUUACGACCCAAAAUGCAAUUGUUCCAGAACUACAAAGAGGCGCAAUGCGCCGUCGAAGAAUUGCGCAACACUCUUUAUCCGACCUUAGGUAAUCCUUCUGUUGACGAUACUAAUGCGGAAGGCGAGAACGAUAUGAGUGUUAUUUUGGAAGCCGACGAAGAAGCAGCGAUGACUGGAAACGGUAGCGGGGACGCCAAAGGUAUGGCUGAACUGCAUUUCGAGGAAUCGGAAGAUUGCUCGGAGGCGCAGUCGGAAGAGGAAUGGACAGCCGACGCAGAACGAGACGAUGCUAUGGGCACCCAAGAGAAUACUCAAGGCGAUCGAUCUCAAAGUCUAUCAGCAGAAGGUGGCACUGAAGGUGUGAUCAUGGAUGUGACAGAGGAACUUAACGCAGCAUUACCAGCUGGACCACGGCGCGUGAGCUGUCCAGAGGACGAUGACUUCCUGUCAGCGCUGGAUAAAAUGGUCUCUGACAAUAUACAGGAUCGCAUGCGAGAUUCAGUCAAGCCGCAACAGGUAGACAUUUCCGUGCCACUACACGUGAAAAGCACAAAGAAGACGUACGAGCAACUUCAGGAGAGACCAACUGACAGUAGCACGGUAGACUUUGUACUAAUGCUGAGAAAGGGUAACAAACAACAGUAUAAAAAUGUCGCGGUUCCUGUGUCGUCCGAAUUAGCUAUGAAUCUCAGGAAUCGUGAACAGGAGCAGAAAGAGGAAAAGGAACGUGUAAAAAGACUAACCUUGAAUAUUACUGAGAGACAAGAGGAGGAAGACUACCAGGAGACUAUGAAUCAAAGUACGAGACCGGUCACUGUAAACCUGAAUAGAGAACGGCGGCAAAAGUAUAAUCAUCCUAAAGGAGCACCCGAUGCCGAUCUCAUUUUUGGACCGAAAAAGAUUCGAUAAGCACGCUUAAUAACUCAAAGUCAAACGGUUGUAUUCCAUUGAGAAGUUGAUGAUACAACUCUGAAACUUCACACUUCGUACUCGUCAACUAUAUAAUUAACUGACUAUAGUUUAUUGCUUUUUACUAUAUUUCAGAGUUUCUUCGAGGACGAACAUCACGAUGUGUAUCGCACGCAUCAGAAUUUCGAUGAAUGUAUUAUAUGUACAGAUCGCGCAUCAAAUUAGUGCAUUUAAAUGAGCGAGUUACAAGACUGAUACAAUAAACCCUCGGCAAAGAAGUUAAGACAAUUAACUUCAAUAUAUAUAUCAUAAAUACAUAAAAUUUAUUUUCCCGACACAAAUAUAUAAAAAAAUUAAUUGAUAUGGACUAUUACAAGCACUGCCGAUUUUUAAUUAUGCGUAGGGUUUACUGUAUCAUAUAAAUGCACUUUUAACUAGGUAUAAAUUGAUAUAUCAUUUAUCAUAUAAUAAUAACUUUUGUGUCACGAAAUGUUAUUACUAGACAUUUUUACAGACUUGUAGUCAAUCGUUAUUUUAUGACUUUCAACGAAAGAAAGCUAUGUUGUGAUAGAAUAUAUGAUCAAUUUAUAUACUUAGCACGAUAUUUUUAACACGAUUCCAUAUAUACAUAUUUGAAUAAUAAAGUGUUCUUUUUUUCUGCAGAUCACGAACGAUAAGUGAAAUUUGCAGGCUGUAUCAAAUUUUCUAUUGAAAGAAAAACGAAUAAAAAACUCAACAUUGA